GUUAUUCUAUCGUUCUUUGUCUACCUUACACAGACAUGGAGCUUGAUCCGAGGAGAUACAUGACGGGGGAAAGCGCGAUCCCAUCGCUAGGCUUUUCAUUAUAUACCAAAUCUUGGAAGCCCACAGGAACUGUCAAAGCUAGACUUGUGUUCAUUCAUGGAUUUAGCGAUCAUUGCAACGGCCCGGAUUUCUUCUUUUCCUACCUCGCGAGCCAUGGCAUUGAAGUACACUCUUUUGAUCAAAGAGGUUUUGGUCGCAGUGUCCAAACACCAAAGCAACGUGGAAAAUCCGGACCCACCAAAACAGUCCUUCUUGACAUGACAGAAAUGAUCAUGACCGUCCUCCCGUCUCCGUAUCCAGUCUUUCUCAUGGGUCACUCGAUGGGAGGUCAACAAGUACUUUACUAUAGCACUCAAGGACCUGCAUCUAUCUUGCAGCAGAUCAGUGGAUUUAUUACCGAAGCCCCUGCUAUCAUCUCCCCGAUGCUCCUCGCGAGACAUAAUGCUGAAGUCGAAGCUGACGAAAUGUUCCAUGGCUACUGUACUUUGGAAGGCAUGAAUAAAGCUUUGGAUCGUGCUGAGUACAACACCAGCGCUGGACGCAAGCAAUUGGGUGACGCCACACCACGACACGAGCCUAGUCUGCUAAUGCUGCACGGUACAAGUGAUGACGUCUGUUUGCCUUCAAGCAGCGAGGUGUAUUUCGGAAAGUGUCCUCUGACAGACAAGGAGUUGAAGCUAUACAAUGGUUGGUUACACGAGAUGCAUACAGAAAUUGGUGAGGAUAAACUCACCUUCGCGCAAGAUGUCACUCAGUGGAUCCUGUCUCGCUCAAAGUAG